AUGUCCAAAGAAGCAUCAUCAUCAGGCGUUCGAACCAAACAGGAUUUCAAUGAACGGCUCAGAAAGUUACACCAACUUCGGGAAAACGCUCGUAAAGAAAAUCACAGAGAAGUAGUUGAAGAGGACAGAAAAAGUAAACUACCGAAGAAUCAUGAAGCUAAACAAGCACGCGAACAGUGGGAGUUACAAGAGAUGGAGGAAAGAAAGAAAGCUGAAGAAGAAGGCAAGAACUAUGACCGUAUGAAGGCAUUGAAUACACAAGCUGACGUUGCUGAUCGAAUUGAAGCUAGUAGAAAGCGAAAAAAAAAUCCUGACCAAGGCUUCUCAUCUUACGAUGAAAUGACACUCAGACAGCAUUCUCGUCUUACUUCUAAUUUGAAUCCCGACAUGAAGAGUUAUAAACAGAUGAGACAAGUUGUUGGCGAGGAACAGUUUUAUCCAGGUGUUAACACUUUGAUUCACGGAUCUCACUAUCCAACUCAAGCUGCAAUGGAAAAACUUGCAGGAGACGUGAAAGGACAAGCUAAACGAAGAGAACAAUUCCACAGAAGACGAAUGUUCGAUCCGGAUGCACCAAUCGACUACAUCAAUGAAAGAAAUAAAAGAUUCAAUGAGAAACUUGAAAAGUUUUAUGGAAAAUAUACGGAGGAUAUCAAGGAAGAUUUGGAGAGAGGAACUGCGAUUUAA